AUGCGCCUGGCGGCGUCCCGCCAGGGCGGGGCAGCGCUCCCCGCAGCCCUGCGGCACAUCGCGAGCAUGCCGAGCCUCGCGAAUUUCAAGGUCGAGUUUCCACAAGGCGGAGAUGAACCGCCGAUGACAGGCAUGAUGGUCCACGGGCUGCUCGGGAGCGGAAAGAACUGGCGUUCGACGUCCAAGAAGCUCGCCGAGGCGCUGCACAAGUCCACCGGGCGCAAGUGGCAGUUCGUAGUGCCGGACCUGCGCAACCACGGCCUGUCCGCGCCGAUUCCGGGCUUCAACGCCCCGCACAACGUCGAGGCCGCGGCGUACGAUGUCAUCCGGACGUGGGAGCAGUGCUUCGACGGCAGCGCGCCGUUCGUGGUGUGCGGGCACAGCCUGGGGGGCAAGGUGGUCAUGCAGGCGCUGCAGCACGCGCGCGACGAGGGGCGGCCCAUGCCGAAGCAGGUGUGGAUGCUGGACUCGUUUCCCGGGACGGUGUCGGCGGACCGCGAGGGGACGGACGUGGUGCAGUUCAUGACCAUGGUAUCGGCCAUCGAGGUGCCGGUGCCGUCGCGGAGCGGCGUGAUCGACAUGAUCACGGAGAAGGGCUGGAACGUCGAGGUCGCGAAGUGGGUCGCGAGCAGCCUCGUCAAGAUGCGCUCCACGGACAAGGGUCUCACGUGGGCGUUCAGCGUUCCGGGCGCCGCGGCGAUGUACGACAGCUACCGGCGCACGCGGCAGUGGGACAUCCUGCACACCCCCCCGCCGAGCACCGAGGUGCACGUGUUGCGCGGGGCGCGGUCGGACCGCUGGGACGCGCACGGGAUCGAGAAGCUCGAGACGGUGUUCGACGCGAACCGCAUGCUCGACCGGAGCGAGGCGGGGCUCAUGUAUGUGCACUGCCUGGAGGGUGCCGGGCACUGGGUGCACACGGACAACCAGGCGGGGCUGCUCGAGGUGCUGACGCAGCACAUAGCGCGCGCGGCGACCGACACGCGCGACCAGAUCGACCCGAACCUCGCAGAACUCGGCCAAAUGCAACGGAUCAUGUAA